AUCGAUCCUCAACUCGAACAAACAUGAGCAAGCUGAUCUGCUUCGUUGCUGCCUUGGCCCUCGUGGCUUUGUGUUCCCAAGCCAGCCUCAUUGGCUACGGAGGAUACGGUCUCGGCUAUGGAGGAUACGGUCUCGGCUAUGGAGGCUACGGUCUCGGCUACGGUGGAUACGGUCUCGGCUACGGUGGAUACGGCCUCGGAUACGGUGGAUACGGUCUCGGCUACGGCGGAUACGGUGGAUAUGGUCUCGGCUACGGGUUGUACAAGAAGUAGAAUGGACUGACAUAGGAGUACCAAGUGGAUGGAUCUGUUUUGGGAGCACAUCAUUACGGAACGUGCAGAA